AUGACAGAACCAACGCCUUCUACGAACUCGGCGAAACCCGUCGCUGAGCCUGGACUUACCUCCAUAGAACGGGUCCAUCUUCCGCGUAUAUCGAUUAAGUUCUGUACGCAGUGUCGGUGGAUGCUCAGAGCUGCUUAUUUUGCCCAAGAACUCCUCUCAACAUUCGGUACAGAUCUAGGUGAAGUAGCUCUUGUCCCGAUGACAGGUGGUGUCUUUACCGUGACGAUCUGGCAUCCUGAGUCUACAUCAACGGAUAAUUCCGAGGUGAAGACUCAGGAGAUUAUCCUUUGGGAUCGCAAGCGGGAUGGAGGGUUUCCUGAAGUUAAAGCUUUGAAAUCCCUUGUCAGGAAUGUUAUUGCUCCUGAGCGAGAUUUGGGACAUACUGAUCGAGCCUUGAAGAAAGAACAGGUAGCUAAGAAGGAACUUGAAUCUCAGGGAGACAAAAAACCCGAGAUAGCUGGAGAGAAGAAAGAGUGUGAGGAUUGUGUAUGA